AUGUCUCGGUGCAAAAUUCGCGGCUCGCACGACAGGUGUAAAUACGCGAGCCCACGUGCGGCCCCACAUGCUAUCUUGAGCCUUUUCCCCCAGUCGAGCGACGCGAGCCCGUCAGGCUUCUCAGGGACGAGAUUCGCGUGUCGGGCCCGUGAUAGAGCUUCGACCUCGGCCCGAAAUUCGCGCUCCAUCUGGAAAUUCUCGCCGGAGAGGCGCUUGAUCGCGACCUUCCGCCCGUCGGACAGCACGGCCCGGUACACGAGCCCGAAACCUCCGCACCCGACGAUGUUUGACUGGUCAAAGCCGUCGGUGGCCUUCAAGAGGUCGUCGAGACAGAUUGUGCCUUUAUCAUGGCAAAGGAUCACUAGGCUAGAAACUCGGUCGAGAUCCUUCUCGUCGACCGUAAAAUCAAAAUCAUCCGAGUUUUCUUCUCCGGCGAAAUUUCUCCGGCAAAAGAUUAAAUAG